AUCUCUCCCCCUCAAUCAGUAAGUUACCUUCAUGAACCCUAUAAAUACCAGUCCCUGCACCAAACCCAAUUCAUCAACUACACAAAUCAAGAGGCAAACACACAAACUAUUGGCUUACAAUGGCAAAACCAAAAGAUCUUUCUGCUUAUGUUUGUGUUUUUGUCUUCUUGACCCUUUCCUUAUUUUCUUCUUCUUCUUUUGCUGCAACAACAGAUGAUGCAUCAGUUUAUACGUCUUUCCUUCAAUGCUUACAGAACAACACAACCCCACAAGACCAAACCUCCAGCCUUGUCUACACCAAGGCAAACGCAUCCUACACUUCGGUUCUUCGAGCCUACAUUAGAAAUGCUCGGAUGAACACCACAGCAACCCCAAAACCGACAAUCAUUGUGACCCCAAAACAGAUAUCCCAUGUCCAAGCAGCGGUUAUCUGCGCAAAGAAAGUGGGUUACCAGCUUAAAGUUCGAAGCGGUGGCCACGACUAUGAAGGGAUUUCUUAUGUUUCAGAUGUUCCAUUCUUCGUUCUUGAUAUGUUUAAUCUUCGAUCCGUCCAGGUUGACAUGAAGAAUGAGUCUGCUUGGAUUCAGGCUGGUGCUACACUCGGUGAGGUGUAUCAUGGAAUUUGGGAGAACAGCAAAGUUCAUGGUUUCCCUGCUGGUAUUUGCCCUACAGUUGGUGUUGGUGGUCAUAUUAGUGGCGGUGGAUAUGGUAACAUGUUGAGGAAAUAUGGUUUGGCUGUGGAUAAUAUUCUUGAUGCUCAAAUUGUUGAUGUUAAUGGAAAGCUUAUGGAUAGAAAAGCAAUGGGUGAGGAUCUAUUUUGGGCUAUUAGAGGUGGUGGCGGUGGAAGUUUUGGUGUUGUUAUUUCAUACAAGAUUAAACUUGUUCCUGUUCCUGAAACAGUUACUAUAUUUAGGGCAGAAAGAGUUAUUGAAGAGAAUGCUACUGAUAUUGCUUAUAAGUGGCAAUUGGUUGCUCCGAAAACAGAUAAUGGUCUUUUUAUGAGGAUGUUGAUGCAACCUGUGACAAGGAAUAAGCAGCAGACACUUAGGGUAUCUAUUGUGAGUUUGUAUUUGGGGAAUGCUGAUAGUCUUGUGGCUUUGUUGGGGAAAGAAUUCCCUGAAUUGGGGUUGAAGAAGGAGAAUUGCACAGAGAUGAACUGGAUACAGUCUGUACUUUGGUGGGCAAAUUUUGAUAAUGGAACAUCACCUGAUGUUUUGCUUGAUAGAAAUGUCGACUCUGCCAAUUUCUUGAAGAGGAAAUCAGAUUAUGUGCAGAAACCUAUUCCUAAAAAUGCAUUGACUUUGAUUUUCAAGAGGAUGAUGGAAUUGGGAAAAAUCGGAUUGGUUUUCAAUCCUUACGGUGGAAGAAUGGAUGAGAUUCCUUCAACAGAAGUUCCUUUUCCUCACAGGGCUGGGAAUUUGUUCAAGAUGCAGUACUCAAUCAACUGGAACGAACCAGGAAGUGAUCUACAGAGCAACUACUUGUCUCAGGCGAGGAACCUGUACAGCUACAUGACCCCAUUUGUGUCCAAGAACCCAAGAAGCGCAUUCUUGAAUUACAGGGAUCUCGACAUUGGUGUCAUGACACCCGGUAAAAACAGCUACGAAGAAGGUAGCAUUUAUGGGUACAAGUACUUCAAUGGCAACUUUGACAGAUUGGUGAAAGUGAAGACUGCUGUUGAUCCGGAGAAUUUCUUCAGGAAUGAGCAGAGCAUCCCUACUCUUUCAAGUAAGGCAUAGGAGAUGAGAUGAUUUUCUUGGUGUAUUAUUAUUAUUAUUAUUAUUCAUUAAGUAGGAUACGUUAUCAUUUUGUAAUAAAUAUAUUUUCUGAAAACCAAUUAAUCCAAAAUAUACUUUUGCUAUCA